AUGCUUCUUUGGAGAAUUUUAAGUGGCUGCCUCCCACUAAAGAAUAGGCUGGGUUAUGUCCGGGAGAGUGAUAAGGCUUGUGAUUUUUGUGGGAUACAAACUGAGGACGAUGUGCAUCUCUUCAGGGAUUGCCACUUUGCCCGUUGCUUAUGGUUUGUCAGUCCGUCGGGGGUCCUCAAUGGCAAUCUGAGUACGCUGAAUUUUGAAGAAUGGUUCAUGUGGAUGCUGGAGUCUAAGAAUGAAGCUCUAAUUUUAUUUGGUGCUUGUGUUAUAGAACAUAUCUGGCAAUGCAGGAACAACCUUAUUUUCAAGGGAUGCAAUUCGAAUCUGGACCAGUCAAUCAGAAUGCUAAAUCAAAGGGUCAAGGAGUUCAACUCGGUGUUACUACAGCAUUCUUACUCUGCUGUGAGCAACAUUUCCACCACAAAUUCUCAAGUUUGUUGGGAUGUGCAGCUGCGUGUUGACGCCUCAGUGCAGGAAGGUAGAGCAGGGUUUUGUACUGUUCAAAUCCAGAAUGUGCAGGAAGAGGGAUUCGUGAUCCUGCAGCAUAUUGCAGUUGACAGUGUGCUGGAAGCAGAAUUCCUAGCAAUUGUGGAGGCUCUGAAGUGGGCAGUCGAACAGAAAGCAAACACUGUGCAGGUGGAAUCGGAUUCUCUAAUAGCAGUCAAAGCUCUAGAGACAAAAGCAUUGCCGUUUGCCUGGGGUUCGUACCCAGCUUUUGUUGAAUGUUGUAACUUAGUCAAGUUAUUUGAUGUUUGUGUUGUUUCGUUUAUUCCUCGGGAUGACAAUUCUGUAGCGGAUUCUCUUGCUCGCUAUUCCAGAGUGUCUAGUGUAAACUCGAGAUGUUGGUUAAGGGAGAUAGCCCCCUUUGUGGCUAUUACACUUUGA